UACAGGUCGCAGCAUGGCCCCUUUGCCCCUCAGAGUUGGGCUGCUGGUGCUGAGUCUUGUUCAUUAUGUUGGAAGCCAAAUGACAGAACCCCAGAGUGGUUCUGGGGACCAGCCACUCCUCCGUGGAGGUGACAGACAUGACUUUGCCGUCAUGAUCCCCAUAGGAGAUUCCGAGUGCUUCUGGCAGUUUGCCCACCAAAACGGCUAUUUCUACUUCAGCUAUGAGGUUCAACGGACCCUCGGGAUGUCACAUAACCGCCAUGUUACUGCGACGGCCCACACCCCGCAGGGGUUUCUCAUAGGCACCUCCAUGGAUGUUCGGGGCCAGAUUAACUUCGUUACCCAAGAGACAGGUUUCUAUCAGCUUUGUGUAGGAAAUGACCAAAAUCACUUUGGUUCUGCACAAGUAUACCUCAACUUCGGCAUCUUUUAUGAGGGGCCUGAGAUGGACCACAAACAGAAUCAAAGGAAGCAAUUGAACGAUACUCUGGAUGCAAUUGAGCAGAGUACAAGGAAGGUGCAGAACAAUGUUUUUCACACAUGGCGAUUCUACAACUUUGCCCGGAUGAGGAAAAUGGCUGACUCUUUCCUUCUCCAAUCAAACUACACCUAUGUGAACAGGUGGUCCACAGUCCAGAGCCUUGUUAUCAUUCUUUCUGGGCUCCUGCAGCUGUAUUUCUUGAAGCGUCUCUUCAAUGUGUCAUCGACUACUGACACAAAGCCUAGAUGCUAAGCUAAGCUGACUUUUCUUCAGGGGUAACAAAGCUUGUUAUUGGAGUAAAACAAUUUAGUGCUUUUAUCUAUUGUGCUCAUCAAUAAAGGCAAAAUGGCAAUAAACCAGUACAAAUGCUGAGGGUGCUGAGGUUACUGUGUUUAAAGUAUGUGAUAAACACCAUACAGUGGUCUUAGCUUCUCUGAGAUACCACAAAACUAUGGCAGAAAGAAGACCUGACAAAGAUGGGACAAAGCCCAAUUUGUUUAUGGAAUAAUAGGAGUUGGUAAGAGGGCCUUUUUACUUUGAAAAAUGUUUAAUUAUAGACACAAUCUUUGGAAUUAAAGAUUAGUAUAUGCACGCAAGAUUUUUUAAAAAUAUAACACAGGUUGUUUCCUAGAAAUAAUCUAAUAGUACGGGAAAGGACAGCAGGAGCUAAUCUUAUUUCAGGGUCUCUUGAGUACUUUGUUCAAUCUACCAGGAAGUAUGAAAUCAGUGAUUAAACACUUCAACCUAGGAUUAUCCCAUUCACGAUACAAAACACCAUGUAAAAAGCAAGGCAAUAUACUAAUAGAAAUAUAUGUAAUAUAAAAAUAGCAUUUAUUUUAGACUGACCACAUGCCCAGCACUGUGCUAGAUGCUUUAUAAUCACCAUUGCUGUUUC